AUGGGGUGCUUCUUGCGGCGACGAGAUCUGCCAUGCUCUUGCCGCCUCCCCAAUGGGACCGACGACGACGUCGACCCCGCGCUGCACGAGCUCACCAAGCUCUCGGCCCGCAGCAGCAAGGGACGGGCGCUCAUACUCAACGCGGCCGUCUCCUUGGAGCAGACGACGCUCGCACACAUCGCGCCGCAUAUGCGCCACUUAUUCGCCAUCGGCCCUCUGCACGCAAUGGCGCCGGCGCCGGCGUCGUCGUCUUCCAGCUUGUGGCGCGAAGAUGACGGCUGCUUGGCGUGGCUCGACAGCCAAUCUGACCGGUCCGUCGUGUACGUGAGCUUCGGGAGCCUCACGGUCAUGUCGCACGAGCAGUUCAGGGAACUCUUGGGCGGGCUUGUCGCCACCGGCUACCCCUUCCAAGAACAAGACGCCGGCGCCCUCCAAGAACAAGACGCAGUCAUCAUGGCGAAAGGAAACCACAGGGCGCGCAUCGUGGCGUGGGCACCGCAGCGAGACGUGCUGCGGCACCGCGCGGUGGGGUGCUUCCUGACGCACGCAGGAUGGAACUCGACGCUGGAGGGCGUCGUCGAGGGCGUGCCGAUGGUGUGCUGGCCGUCCUUCUCGGACCAGCAGACCAACAGCCGGUUGGUGGGCGCCGUGUGGAGGAACGGGCUGGACAUGAAGGACGUGUGCGACGGAGCUGUGGCGGAGAGGAUGGUGAGGGAAGCUAUGGAGUCCGCUGAGAUCAGGCGGGCGGCGGAGGCUCUGGUGCAACAGGUCAAGCGGGACGUCGCGUACGGCGGCUCGUCGGAGAAGGAGUUUCAGCGGCUCGUCAGUUUAAUCACGGUGCUCAGCACGCCGGGCGCGACGGAGUUGAAAGCGGCGUGCACCAGCGCGACGCCCGGUUUCAGCCAACAAUAG